CUUGUCUCAAACUGAUGAUGUGUCGAGAAGCAACAGUGACUUCCGUGUCGCCGCUGUGUACAGUUGUGAUUGGAAGCAGAGUUCAUCUGUCCACAGAACAAUGGACGUAUGACGGGUUGUUCAUCAUUUUCACUGUAAACGAGUUAUUGUAAGCUUGCGUUUUCAUGUAGGUAGGUUGAAACUGGAGCACCGGCUGCAAGGUUUCAAUUCAAAUAUCAAGGAAACAAGCUAGCCUUUCAGCUAGCCACCUGGGCAGGUGGUCUGUUAAAGGCUGUUUUAAGGAAAAUGGAUAUCCUCUGUGAUAUAGUCCAAGCUCUUUUUGCUUUGGCAGCUCUCGGUUUGAUUGUGGUGCUUGUAGUCGCACAUCUGACUGCAGGGAUGGUGAACCUGACUCGCCACGAGAAGGAGAAAUACUUCCUCACAGCCACAGGAGAGCGCAAACCCUUCCCGAGUCUGCAUGAUCCAUUUUCCAGAGAGCUUUCUGUGGUGAUACCUGCCUACAACGAGGAGCUCCGAAUGCCUGUGAUGCUUGAUGAAGCAAUGCAGUACUUGGAAAAUAGACAAAAACAAAACCCCACUUUCACCUAUGAGGUCAUUGUGGUCGAUGAUGGCAGCAGAGACAAAACCACAGAGGUUGCGUUGCGUUACACCAACAAAUACAGUGCAGAUAAAGUGAGGGUCCUGACGCUGGUGAAGAACAGGGGGAAAGGAGGAGCUGUGAGAAUGGGAACUCUGAGCUCCAGAGGGAAACUCAUACUGAUGGCAGAUGCUGAUGGAGCCACAAAGUUUUCUGAUCUUGACAAAGUGGAGGCUGGACUGAAAGACGUCAUCACUGGACCAGAGAACCUGGCCAUUUCGUGUGGCUCCAGAGCUCACCUAGAAAAAGACUCUGUAGCUCAGCGAUCUGUGUUUCGUACGUUCCUAAUGUAUGGCUUCCACUUCCUGGUGUGGUUCCUCUGUGUGAGGGGAAUCAAAGACACACAAUGUGGCUUCAAGCUUUUCACGCGGGAAGCUGCUCUCGAGACCUUCUCCUCUCUCCAUGUCGAGCGAUGGGCUUUUGACGUGGAGCUCCUGUACAUUGCCCAGUGUUUUAAAAUCCCCAUAGCAGAAGUGGCGGUGAACUGGACAGAAAUAGAAGGGUCCAAACUGGUCCCAUUUUGGAGCUGGCUGCAGAUGGGACGGGAUCUGAUUUUCAUUCGCCUACGCUACAUCACCGGAGCCUGGAAACUGCAUUCGCCACAUAAGACUGAUUAGCCAAAAGGACAAGCCGUUGUGUCACAGAGACAACCUGUUAUAGGACCAUGGAGCCUUACAGUGAGCAUUGGGGGGGCGAGUUCUGUGUCUGUUGUUCAACUUAAUCAUCAGAAAAAGCAAAGCUUAAAUCAAUUUUCCAUCCAAACAUUAUUGGAAAUGAGAUAAUGACACAGUUGUGGAUUCCUGGUGGUUCUGCCUUUUUAUAUGGAUGCUGGCUUUUCAUUGGCCGUUGUUACACAUGCGUUUCUGUUGCCACGGUAAACAGGAUGUCUGACUGAUCCUGUACUGAUGUCUCCUGAUGUUUAUAUUGUCCUCAAUCAGCGGAGAAUGUAAGAGUUGCAUGUAGAAAUGUGUGAAGGACCUGAUCAUGUGGAGUGUGUGUCAAAAUAACAAAUGUGGUUGAUAGGCUGAAUGACUUGAAACAUAAUUAAACAGAAAAUAACAGAACAGAG